GGUGAUUUCUCCUAGGAAGCAAUGUUGACGUGUAAGGAAAUGAUUAAUGGGUUGCAAAUACAUUUUUCUUCUGAUCUGAAUGAUUUUAUGCAUAGUCAGCCUGACUGUGCUUUGUUGAGUAACGAAGCGGGAAGGAUGAAGAGGGGUCUGUGUCCAUGCAUAGGACUGUCAACCAGAUAAGAUUUAUGCAGUGCAGCAUUUGAAAAUAAAGAUUGCUUUGUGUAAUUGUUUAUUACUUUCUGAGGUUUCCAGGAAGCGCCUCCUGGUAAAGAGUGGCUGCAGCGUGUCUGGGAUUGCCUGCACGUGGGGACAGCAUUAUAGAGAGCCUGGAGCAUAUUAGCAGCUUUGCAGUGCCAAAGGGGUUUAUGCAAAAGAGGUCUCACUUGCAGAGUGACUGUGAGGCAUCUGUUCGCAUUUUCUUUAAUGUGAUCUGACUGAUAAUGGGAUAUCAUCAGAACUCUGCAUGCUGGUCAAACCUCACGUGCUGAAUUUCAUCUCUUUAGAAAGUAGUGUUGAUAUAUACAAUAUAGUAGGACAGGCCAUUGCAUAGUUCGGAUGUGCUCAUCACCAGGAAUUUUUGUGGGUUGGUUUAUAGCAGGUGUUUUGGUGUCGUAGUAGAAUUUAACUUCCUUUUCAGCUGUUGACCGUGUGGUAUUUUUCCUCUUGUUCUGGCUGCUCUGGAUGCAGUUAGCAAAGAGGAGCAGCUUCUGAAGGAAGUUUCUCAUGCUGGGUCUCAUGUCACUUAGAGCCGUGUCACAUCCAAGGCAUUAUCAGUCACAUUAGUGUCUGGGAUGAGUGGCAUUGGCAAUAAAAAUUCAGUUUUCAUAGAGUCAGUGUUGUUUUUGAAGAGUCUAAUCUCACCUUUUAUUUUUUCCCACAAUCCCAGAGGCAAUAAAUUAGUUCAGUUCUAACCUUUCCUUAUGAUGAAGAUGUUUGGCACCUUCUAGCUCUGCAUUCCUUGUCCUGGUGGUGCACACAUCAGUUUGUCUCCAAGUCCUCCUGCCUUAGGUGGGAGGCAGGAGGAGAUGGGCAACUUCUGUGUUGCUGGGAAAUCUGCCUUGAAGCUGUACUUAAUUUUGUUGCUUGUGUAUAUUAACUGUUACAUACAAAGGCUGCUCUGAAAGUAAUGCUUCCUAUUUUAUCAUAUUGGCUCACCGUGUCAGAGAUGGACAUCGGUGGGAUGGCAGUAGAGGCUGAGCCUUCCCACCAGUAUCCCGUUGUGUGUUGCUGUGUGACAGACGGCAGCAGAGGGCACUGUGGCACAACGGUGCCUGACAUGGAAAUGCAUGUGAAGCAGAGGUGUGUCAUUGAAUUCCUCCAUGCAGAACAAAUGGCACUCACUGACACGCAUCAACACUUGCUGAAUGUUUAUGGAGAUCAAAUGGUGGAUGUGAGCACAGUGAGGUGAUGGAUGCUGCAUUUCAGCAGCGGUGACAGCAACAGUAGGUGACCUCUGCUGAUGCAGAUUGUUAAGAGCAUGGCAUGCAGGCUCUUGCUCAUUGCUGGUGAAAACACAGCUAACAAUAGAGACUAUGUUAAAAAAAAAAAAAAAGCAUUCUGUAGCUGAGAAAUUGCUCUAUCAAAUAGUGUUGUUGUGCUCUUUGUAGCUGUGGUAGCUUCCAUGGAAAUAAAUAGGAGGCAUUACUUUCAUAAUGACCUACAUAUUUUCUAUGUGGCCGAAGCCAAUUCCUCUUCUCUCAGUGUGGCCCAGACCAGCCCAAAGGUUGCACACCAUGUGCUAACAGAAGCAGCAGUGAGCAGUGUUGGUGCAGGCACUGCUGGGAGGUGUGGGGCUGCUCAGCUCCUCCAGUGCUCCCCCUCUUGCUGUUAAGCCCUUGGGUCUUGGAUGAUCAGAGAGGAUAUUCAAACUGCCUCUUUUAAAGCAUGUUUGUGCUUCUCUUGGUUGCUUAAGGUAUCUCAUGGAAGAAAAACUUAAUCUCAGUACUAUAAUUUGAAUCUUUACAGACUGAAAAGGUUCAUGAUAUAUAUACUUUUUGCCGUAUCUGUCUUCUGAAAGGAAUGGAGGAGACGUUUCAAAGCUAAAAGUGCAGCAGCUUGAUUGCAGAGCUUAGAGAGAGAGGGUCUAUUUGUUUCAAACCCAGUUUUACUUAAAUUGAUCAUUCAGGAAUGGAUGGUUCCUGUCUGCAGUAUGCAGUCACCUCUAUUGGGAACACUCAUGGCAUGGGGACCUUCUCUCUGAAAGGGUGGGGGAUCUGCAUCAGGAGCAGUCACUGAAGUGCCAGAGCUGAGGGCAGUGCCAGGUGAGGUUUGUCCCUGCCAUCCCUGUGGGCAGCCUCCUGAACUGAAAUUCCAUUGUGGGUUCUCUUACCACCAUUGCUUUUUCGCAAGGGAGUGCAUGUGAUGGUUUGCAUACAGUGGAAGUUGAUGUAAAGGAAACUUUGAUACAAAAACUGUAACGAAUGAGAGCAUCUGUGGAUUGCUUGGCACUGCAAUUGUCAGUUGUUACCAGAGCCAGUAAAGAAACAUCAAACGAUUGCUUUCCAUUCCUAAAAGAUUGCUGUUUAAUGCAAAUCACUGUGAAAGGGCUGCUGCUCUCUUCUCAUACGUGUGCUGCAAAAUCUGGCUCUGUAAUGAAUGCACAGCUGACUGCCAGCUUUAAAGGGAAACAUUCCCCUCAAUCCAUCAUGGCACAUCUCAGCAAGGCUGCACCGUGCCUGUGGCAGUCAGAGACGGAGAGAAAAGGGGCACAGAACCAGCCGAGAUAGCAAGACCUGCUGCUUCAUGGCUGACCCCAGGUGGAGUACACCAUAGGAACGAUCAUGGCUGUGCAGGAUGGGAAGGAAACUGCUGGGACAGAGGGUGGCAGAUUAUAUUAGAGUUCUCCUGGCCCUCCUCCCUGCCCUGCUGGGGGCCAGGACACCGAGGAAUGGCGAGGAGCACAGAAAGCACUAACACUGGGCAGGGCAGUUUUCCUCCUGAGCCUGACUCUGCCCUUCAGACGAAGGCUUUGCUCCUGAUGCAGAGAUGAAGGUAUUGAUGGGAUAAUUUUUCCCAGCAGGAUUUUAAGAUAAAAAUGCUCUGUAACAGAUUGGGUUGUUGCCUUGCUGGUCAUAGCAUUCCUCAGCUGCAGUUUUUAAAUCUUUUUAUUCUAAUACUAUUAUAUCCUCUGUUAAAUUUCCCACUUUACUGGUGACAGAGCUUGCAGAUACUUUGUACAUGAAACUUGUAUCAGCAUCAUUGGCUGUUUCCUCUAGGAGGCUCCACCAUCUCUAUCUUCAAGAAACAACCUUAAUCUUGAAACAUCUUAACUCGUGUCUGGGUAACUUCUGUAGAAGUAGCUGCAGCCCCUCACCGAAUGUCCUGGCUGUAUUCCCUACCAGAUAUUAAGAAAGAAAGCAUAAAGCUGUAAUCCGUUGUUUCACACCCAGCGUGCAGCAACCACAGAUCCCAUCAAGUUUUGCUCUCGUGGAAAAGCAGUUCCAUACCCAUAGCCAUCUUUGUUUCUCUUCUCUGCACAUCACUUCUCGUACAACUGUGUGUAAUGGAGAUGUGAGUGAACUGACAUCCUAUGCGAUGCUUCCUUCCUUUCUCCCUUCCUCUCACAGUCAGUUAUGCUCUAUUCUGAGCACUGACCUGUUGUUAUCUUGGAGCCCAUACUCUCGGGUAUGUCCCGUGAGGGGCAGUUGGGGCACAACCUCUUAUUCUACAUGGAGACCUUCUGUGAAUCCCAACUUCUUGCAUGCUUGAACCCUUCAGGAAAGUAUUUAAGGAAGCAGAUCACAGAGUUGCUUUCAAAACCGACAUUCCUCAUUCUUGCCUUCUCAAAAGAAGCCAAGAUAGGUCCACUGCUCAGGACCUGAGCCUGGAAGCUGUAUUAAACUUUCUGAACCAGACAGCACCAGUGCUGUUUUCCCCCUGGGUUGGACUGGUUGGCUUGCAGGCCACGGGAGUAGCGAUCACCUCAUCUGCAGAUAGAAGCGAGGAGGGAAGCAGGCUGGGAAAAUGGCAGCAGGAUUUUCAAGCUCCUUCCUGGUUCCGUGUGGCCCAGCUGGCUGCUGCCACCUGUGCACAUCUGUUUUCCUGAACGUCUGCUCUGCCUGCCUGCAUAUCUGCAGGCGGGACAACGUGACACGAGCCCAGCAGAUGGAGCUGUUGCAGAGGGAGAGCUGUCGUGUGUCCGGGAACCAGGAGCAGAACGAGUGCCAGCGAAGGAUGACGAAGCCAUGCUGUUUGUGUCCUGCUUCUGUGGUGUUGGCAGGCGGGCAGCGGUUGUGCCUGUGGGCACUGCAGCCACCAGCAGCAGAGCAGCAGUUACACACAGAAAGAUCUGGUCCGGCAUGAAUUCUGGCUGUGUGGCUGUAGUGAUUCCAGGACUUACAUCCUAUAUAUCUGCCAGCACUACAGAGUUAGCAGGUGGCAGCAGUGUCUGCCCUGCGAUGGCCGUGUCUUAUUUUGUGAUGUUAAACAGGUGCAUGAUGUUAAACCUGAGCGAGAGCAGCAUUACAGGUGUUAUGAGUUCUCUGUUCCUGUCAACAUCUGUGCACAUGGAAUGGACACUGAGAACUGCAGAAUCAACGUUAAACCUUUCGUUCUGAGUUGUGGUUGAUUGCUGUCAAAUCUGAUGGUUAAUCUGCAGUGAACCCACCUGGCUGACAGAGCUGAGAAUGUGGCCAUACCGACACACCUGCAUGAAUCUGCUGUUCUCUGCGACCCUGAGGGCUACUGCUGCUCUCAGAUGAUCUGUGUAAGUUUCCCUUCAUUGCAAAAGAGAAAAAUCAGCUGCCCAGGAGAGGGACUUCCGUGACUGUUCUCUUCUGUUUUUUUCCUACAGACCUACUCGGGCCUCUUCUGUGUCACUGUCAACCCCUACAAGUGGCUGCCGGUGUACAACCCGGAGGUGGUGUUGGCCUACCGAGGCAAAAAGCGCCAGGAGGCCCCUCCACACAUCUUCUCCACCUCUGACAACGCCUAUCAGUUCAUGCUGACUGCUUCUGCCAAAUACUGCUCCUAUCUGCCAGGGGAUCACUUGCCUUGAAGCCACCUUCUGCAGUGCACUAUCUCAGUUCCUCGUUCUGUCAUCUUGCAGAUUUUCUACUCAGGCUCACAGUUACUGUACUGUGGAAUUAGGCGUGCUUCCCUUGUUUCUAGGUGGUGCAAAAUCUGCUCGACUGCUUUCCCUGUCUUCUGAAAUUGGAUUUUAUUUUUAAAUUGCUGUGCUAGGAUGGUAUGACACAAUACUGCAUUUCUGAUCUAAGCAUGAAGUUGAACACCAGAAGAGGAAACACGGCGAAAGAUGGGUGCAGUUACGUAGGACAUACUGCCUGGUUUGCAGGCAUGUGGCUUCAAGCAACUGCAGCAUUGGAGAAUUGGGUGCAGGGAAGACUGAAUGCAAAGCGUGUCAUCCAGCAGCAGUCACAGCAAGUGGAGACCUGGCCAAGAAGAAGGAAUCCUGGAUGAAAGUACGAAGCUGAAAAGCAUUGCAGGGGGACACUUAACAGCCUGUGGCUUUGGACAGUAUCAGUGACAGACAUUGGCCUCAAAAUAUGAAGUGCCCUCUAUUAGCUUCAGCCACUCUUAAAAAGCAGUAAGGGCAGGGGCUGAUUGGCUGUGAGAGACACAGCAAAUACAAACCACCAGAGCUGCCAGCAUCGCUGCCCAGCAGCCUCUCCUCAAAUACAGAUAGAUCUGGGGGAUAUUGUCUGAGCAGAGGCUCCAAUUUCUCAAUGUGAGCUGAGAACAAUGAGCAUGAGUGAAAACAGGAAUAAAAGGAAUUAUUUACCAUUUAGAUGAAGUGCUGAUUCUUGGUGCUGUAAUGGAGAAGCUGGCACAGCAUCAGGGUGCACCUGAGGAUCGAAUCAUCAGUGUCAGCUCACUGCUGGAGGCUGCUGGGGAUACCAAGGUGUGAGGAAUGACAGCUCUUCACACACUUCAGAAGUUGUGCUCCAUAGGGUUUGUCUCUGCCCUCCUGCAUUUUGCGUCCUAUUUGCCCAUUUGUUGCUUGCAUCGUGGAGCCAGUGGGUGGGAGAAGUGCCCUUAUUGACAAAAGCAUGGUUGUUUUUCAGAUACUGAUAUGUUUACAGCUGUUUCAUGCUCAUGCUGCCGCCUGUUCCUCAAGAUUCCCUGUCUCCAGUUUUUAAGUUUCACCCCCACACCACUACUCAUUUCGUUACAAACCAUUCCCUUUAUCCCAGGGAGUGUUUAUACAUCAUAUUAUAUCGUAUUACAUCAUAUUAUAUCGUAUUAUAACAUCAUCAGUGUUUAUAAGCACCUGAGGGGAAGGUGCAAAAGAACAGAGCGCAGUGGUGCCAGUGAUAGGACAAGAGGCACCGGGCUUAAACUGAAACACAGAUGGCUGUGUCUGACCAUCAGAGAGCACUGCUGUGCUGCAUGGGAGGCUGAACACUGGCUCAGCUACCAGGAAGAAAUUAACUUCAUCCCGGAUAAAACCAGAACGCUCCAUUCUGCCUUCCCUUCUUCCACGUGAUUCUGAACUCUCAUCCCAUUGGCAAGUUUAUCUCAGUUGUCUUCCCCUUCUGCAUAUCAGUUCUUCCUCAAGUUUUCCUCAUUUAAACGCGAAGGUAAAAGAGCCUGAUGUCUGUUUGCUUUAACCAUGUAUGCAAUAUAGUUAAUAUAUACAAGCAACAAAACUUAUUUUUUAAAUAUUUUGUAUUAAAACAUAAAAAAGAGACAGCACCAAAAGCACUGAUAUGAAAGGGCAGGUAAUUCUCUGAAGAUGAAGCAGCUAUCAAAUCAUAAGUCUAACGGUGUCUCCUCUGAUCACGGUGUUCACCUGCACAAAGUUACAUGCCGAUGCUUUAGGGAUGUGGUCAAAAACAAAGCAGGCAGUGGAGCGCCUGAGCUGCAGGACAGGUGGGCCUGAGGCCUGCCCCCGUGUCCCCAGCGAAUUCUCAGCUCCCUCCUGGCCCUCAUCUCCUGGGCUCUCAGGUCCCACCACAUCGCCCAACUGCUUCACAAGAAUCAUCCCCUGAAGCAGUGACAGGCUGUGGCAGUUGUGCACAGAGCUCUGGAGGUUGCCUGUGCCAGGAGGAGGAUCACUGUCAUUUGUCUCCCUUCAUCCUCAGUGCCCAAGGCUCAAAAUAACCCCUCUUGCAAGGCUCCUGCGUGGGGCCGGGCCUGCUGCUGUAGAUGAUACGCCUCCACGAAUAGCACUCGAAGACAUUCCUCAGCGGGUAGCUUGCCUUCUAUAUCUCACUGCAACGUGUUGCCGUGCAGGAGCUGGACAACUGCGCUGUGUCCUAAGAUGGCAGGUGCUAUUCUUAUCCCUGAAAGUCUUGCUCCGUCCGGCACAGCUCCUUUCUCAGCUGCAAUGUUAACAGUCAGAAGCAGGCCGGAGAGGCCCCUCUGCAGCCGGUGGAAUGGCAGUGUGUGAGCGCAGUGCCUGGGUGCUUGCCCUGCUCUGCUGGGAUGUGCUGUGCCACCAGGAGCAUGGCAGCUGCACAGGAACUGUCGGUGUUCAGCUGGGAAUCAGCUUGGAACAGGUGAAGACAUCACUUCUCUUGACAUCGACAAUGAGAAGCAAAGUCUGUGCAUGUGAAAGCUCACUUUUUGCUGCUCAGAAUGAGAACCCAAAUCCGUGAAUGCCUUCCCGUGGUGAGGAAGGCAGCAGUACUUGUUCCAAGCUUCCUGCAGGGCUGGCAACACUGCAGAGAGCCAUGUCCCUCUCAGCCUGGUGGAGUAAGAGCAGCUCAUGCUGACAUCAAACACUGAAUGGGGGUCCCAGUGCAUGACAUGUGAUGUGAGUCACAAAAUGCACCGUAAUGUGGCUCUUGUUGCUGAAAAAAAUAAUAAGCUGGAAAACAAGAGAGAGGAAGUAUGAGUAACCACAGUGCUGAAGGGGGUUUGAAAUUGUGCUUGGCAGAGCAGGGAGGAGACAGGGAGGGGGAGAACAAGAUGUGUGUGUGAAGGAAGCGGCAGGAGUGAGAAGAUGGUAGAGGAUGGUGGGAGUGGGAGAAAUGACAACUCUGCGUCAGGUUGAGUUAAGAAAGGUCAGAGGAAACAGGAGGAUAAAUUAUUGGUAAAUAAUAAAAUGGCAAUCUACACAUGACCAUCUAACCCAUGGCUGUCCAACCUUUUGGCUUGCCUGGGCCACGUGGAGUGAAGAGGAAGCCCAGCUUGUGGCUACCACCUUUGCAUGUGGGUUUUUUGGCUGUUGAAGGAUAUGACGAGAGGAAAACAACAAACACAGCAGAGGAGGAGAAAGGAGCAGAGGCUGAGCAACUUUGAGGGAUGCCAGGAAGGAGAGGUUAGGUAUGUAAUGGGCAAAGGACCGAAGCAGUGAUCUGAGCCAGGGAGGACGUCUGCAGGAGGAGCAGAGGCAUGGAAAAAAAAAAAGACAGACACUGCUAUAAAGCCUGCUGUAUGAUCAGGACCAAAGUGGGACAUUGAUGUGAGAGAAAUGGAAGAUGAGUUGCUUACUGCUUUAUGGAGAAUGAGGGUCAUUUUGCAUUCUCACUCUAUUUGUGGAGUCAGAAUGCCUGUCAUCUGAUCAGAGCCUGUGCAAAGGUCUUGAGAAAAAUACCAGUUCAUAGUGGCCAUAAAAAAGGACCUCUGAGAGAAAGUUUAAAAUAGAUGCAACUGAUGGGUUUAUAUAGAGCUGCUGUCCUGUGUGGACUGUAUGAACUUCAGGAAACCUCCUGAGCCCAACAGUAGCAAUUCAGUUCUAGCAGAACAAGUGGGUUGAAAACAUUUCCCUUCAGACACGCUGUCAGUAAAGCCACAUUCAGCAGUUCACAGUAAGGAGCCCCUGGAGAGAAGGAAAUCACACAGAACCCAAGUUUUGCUGUUAGGGCUUCAGAGCAGUGCUCUUACAGCUCCAGCAGAGUAGGCACCACCAUCUCCACAUGCCAGCAGCUCCAUGAGGUCAGCACAGUGCUGCUUGGAGAAAUACAAUUCAGUGUACACGGAGUGUUUGGAACUGAAGCACUAAGGGGCAAAAUGCAGGCUUAGCAAAUACAUGAGGCAGAGAGCAGUGCAGGGUCAUGGGAUGGCUCUGCUCUGAGAUUCUACAACUGGGAAGGCAUUGGCCAAUUGUAGCAGCAGGCGCUUUGAGGAAUCUGAGGGACUAACUUGCAAGGAAGGCAACAUAAGCCUGUAUUGCUUGACAAAGCAGUAAUUGACUGAAUUUGGCACUGCACCUUGAGAUGCUCUGGGCAGCCUGGUCUAGUGGUCGGUGAUCCUGCCCAUGGCAAGGGGGUUGAAACUAGAUGAUCUUUGAGGCCCAUUUUCAACCCAGGCCAUUCUAUGACUCUAUGAUUCCAUGCAGCAGAUUUGGGAUACCUUUUCUCAGGCCAUUGUCCUCUUUGAGAUGUUAAGCAACUUUCUCUCUUCCUUUGGACUCAGUGUUCACUUCUCCUUUUGCAUAAAUUCAGAUCUUCUCGCGUACUUUGUGACAAGAGACUUGGAGAGAAACAUCUGUCCCUAAAAGACUUAAAGUGAGGUGAGCAGGUAAUUUCCACAGAACAGAGAAUGUAAGCACUGCCAGACUGCCCCAGCUGCUCAUCUCCACGUGGGGCACCCUGGCUGCUGGCUGUCCAGUGGCACAUCACCAUCACUGUCUCCUGAUGGAGCUGGUUUGCUUUGCGCAGCUAAGUUGCAGUUCAGAGGGAGCAGAGGCGUAUAUGGUUCCCUCUGUCUGUCAGGUGGAUAUAGAGAGCAGUUAAGAAAACGUUCAGGUUGACCACCACGGAUAAAAUGAGCCUGUUGACAAAUUUCCUGAGGAUGCAAAAGGAACUUUUCCGCAACACAGGAAGUUAGUUUAGAAAAUAUUCUGCUAAGUAGGUAACUGCACUGCUGUGAUCACAGCACUCAGCAGAUAUUAUGGUGUCCUAACCUUGAAAAGUCUAACAUUUAAAGAGAACAGGAUUAUACAAAUUCCAGUACCAGUAUAUUUCCACUUACAGCACUGAAACCUGCCCAGAAGUGGGAUUUGUGCAUCUGUCUAAGAUGAGUGUCAGCAAAGGAAGAUAUCACUUCAUUGCUCUCUUUUUUAGGAUGCAGUUGUUGCUAGUUCUAAUAUUAUGCACCUAAUCCUGAUUUCCCUUCCCUCCCCUCCCCUCCCCCUUUUGCCACUUGCGCUCUUUCUUCUCUGUCUUACCCGGAGGCCUCAUAGCCUGCCCACCCCACUCCCCUGCUCUGUAACUGGAGCCCCUCAGCUGCUUUGGUGGGUGACAGAAAGGGCAUCCUGAAUGUCACCUCCUUGGCAGUGGCUGCUGCCCAGAUCUCUUCCGCUGAUGUUUGCAUGAGGAGCCUGAGUCAUGGUGCACCUCUGAUAGCCCAGAGCUGGUCAUCCCCAAAUAAGAGGUGGCCUCUUUACCUGUAUCUCUGCAGCUUUGCUUGCUGCUCUGUGCCAACUGAAUCUCAUGCACUGUCGUGUUGCUGAAAGCCACCUACCACACCAUCCCUGUAAGGCAGGCCGUGCAGUCACCAGCCAAAAAAACCCUUUGUGUGGCUGCAACCAAAUGUCAGCUUCUCUGCCCAUUCAGUGCCUCUGAGCUGUACAUAGGCCAAACCCUACAGAAAUCCAGUCUCUGAAAGGAGAAUCAGGGUUAAGAGGUAAGAAGGCUACCAGAGAGCAAGUAAUUGUCUCCAAAUGUCAAGUCAGUGCUUGAUAGUGGCCACAAAAGGCAAUCAGUAUUAGGAAUGAUCAGGAUCAACUGAGAACAAAACAGAAAUCACUGUGCCAGGUUCACAAACCACGUGCUCUCCAAGGCUUUGGCCUGCACAAGUGGAAAGGUUAUGUAGAAAGAUGUCAACACUGAUGCAAACACUGGAGAGACAGUGACUACGAUUCUUCACUUUGGAAAAGGAAUGACCAGGUGGGAAGAUGAUAUGCUUUCAUAAAGUUAUAAAUACUUUGGAAAAUGUGAAAUUACAUUUGCACCAGUCAUCUUAUAUACCCUCCUUACAGAGUACCUGCCAGACCUUUGUUCUAAGGUGAUAUGGCUGGCUGUAUGUUCUCAAAUUUAUGAGGCUGCCUCUACAAGUGCUGUCUUUCUGCCCCAGUUUUCCCACAGUUGAGUAACCCUCACAGUAGUACUCACUGUGGGAAAUGGGCACACAGCUGCUGUUCCACAUCCUCUCAAAUGGGCUGAAGCUAAGUUCUGUACAGCAGCCAUCUAUCCUACCAGCUGCAAGCCUGGAAAGCCAAUAGUCUGCCCACAUUCCUCUGCUCCAGCUCAGCCACUUUGACCUCCUCUGCAGGAGCAGGCUGAUCCUAAUACCUGGCAUCUAAACUGGUAAAAAAUACUUACUCAGGUACUGUCACUCAGGUAGCAGGUAGCAAUGCAAGGGAGAUGACAGCUUGAGGCACCAUCAGAUUGCCUUUAAUUAGGAAGCAUCAUAGUGCUGUAGAUCCUAACUAAGGAAGUCUUGUCGAACAACCUAAAUGAAAGUGAAGCUGGUGUUCUGAAUGAACUUGCUGUGCAAUCAGUGUCUUUCAUGUUGACUAGGCAGGGUGUUCUUCCUCUUGAAAUUCUGAGGGAAUACAUGCUAAUUCCUCUGAAAAUAAGUCUCAGAUUCAGCAGAUGCACGUGGCACAAUGGAGGACACAUUUCUUGGCAUUUGUACUGUUUGUGCCUGUUAAGAGAUUUGCUACUGAACUCUGUGGGGGUGGGCAGGAGGGGGGCAAAGAAACAGUCGCAGCUGUGUCUUGGUGGUAUUGCUGCCUUUCCCAACAUAAAAAUAUCACUGAUGUCACAUAUAAAACCUCUUUCCAGUUUCUUCCAAGAAGAGCAGACAGGAGAUGGGGGGUAGGGGAGGGGGGUUGUAGUUCUACUGCUUUGCUCCUGCAGCCAAAGAGGGAAGAGAAUCCUUCUCUCAGUAAAACAUCAGUGGUUGAGAAAUCCCUCUAGUUUGUUCUUUCUUUUACUGCCAUGAACUAAAAGAAGGUAUGAGACUGUGUUUCCAUAAAAUCCAUUGCAAGCCCCUGAGAGGCCGAUAAAGCAGGCUGCUUUGAUCCCCUUGCCUCUUAGCUCGACUGCCUUAAUAUCAGAUUAUCUCAUUCAACUGCACAGCUCACAUUACAGGUGGGCAUGUAGAACAGCAGGGGACUCGGUGAGUUUCUGUAUUUUGCUCUGAAGCGGUCCAGUGGUGAAUAAGAACAUAGGAGGGAACUCCAAAUCCCCAAACCACUCUUGCUUUUGGAGAGGAUGAUAUUUGCAGAAAUACGCAAACAUACAUAAUGAAAUUUUGCUUCUUUUGUGUCUGCUUUCCCUAGAGUGGGACUGGGCAGUACCUCACUAUUGUAACAGUUUCCUAGUAUUGCCUAAUCCAAAUUUGCAAUUUUUGUUCAAGUAUAAGAUGGAGUUUUUAAGAGAAGUUGUCUUGGAAAGGUACCUUGUUUCAUACUCCCAUGUCGUCUGAAAUUCACAGUGGGAAUUUGGAUCUGCUGCCUUGCACAGAACCAUGCUGGAGUCAUGGGUAUCUGGAUCAGACAAAUCUGGGGUUAUUCUCCUGUAGCAUCAGCCAUUCGAAUUAUAAUAGGUUUGCAAUUUCCCCUCCAUGGUCAAUGGAGAGGAAAGGACUCCUCCAUAGGAAGCCAGGCUAAGGAAAGUUUCUUAAUUACGGAGAUAUUCGUUCUUCCCUUUUUACUAUGAAGGGGGCCCAGGAAACUCAGAGCACACACAUCACUUUCAUGUGGUUGUGGGUAGGACUCCUACCACCCAUGUGCACACAUUUACCUUGCUCUAUGAGCCCAACUUUAACCCAAUUUAGUGCUAAUGAAUCACAGUGCAUUUGGGAAAAUGUGCUUUAAACUAAAUUACUGAUGAUAAUACUUCACAGUUAUCACUAUUAUUGCUUAUUUUGCAAACAAAGAGUGGACAAAGUAGCAGAAAUGGUCUGCUACUCUGAGUAAGCAGGGCUUUCAGGAAAAAGAAUACAUAUUGUUAUCUUCAGGGGCUCUAACAGAAUUCAUUAACCAUGGCAAACUAUUUCUUCCCUUUGUGAUUCUUCAGCAUGGAGGCUUGCUAAAAUCAGACUGAGCUGGACACUCAGAAUCUUGUAAUUCUUGUGUUGCCCCACGUGUACCCUCCUGCUAUUCUCUCAUGAUACCUUCAUUUACCUUUGCUCCUUCUUUCACUAACUGCCUGACCCAGCUUAUCUACGUGUGUCCCUAAGGGCUGCUGAGGCACCCAUCCUCUGCAGGGGAGGUGUUUUCUGGGAGGGAAGCCUCAGCUGUACCUCACAAAAUGCAUGCUCUCAGCCAAUCUGAAGCUUUAGGACUAUGCACGGUCAGCCUGUCACAGUGCAGAAGGCAGCUGCCAUCCAGAAGGAACUUGGUUCUAAUCCUUGGUUCUACAAAUUCUGUUGCCUCUAGUGAUGCCUGCAGUCAUGUCAAGAUUCCUGAGAGAAAAAGGCCAUGAUGUGCUUGUAAAGACAGUCCAAGCCACAAAAAUAGGACAAUGCCCUUCCACAAACUGCUAGCAGCCAGGCCCUCCCAGAUUCUGCAUGAAUGCCUCCUUUAUCUUCCCCAGCAGCUCUUGGCUUUUUUUCCUUCAAAGCCCUCUUCCCUUAUCAGAUAACAUCCAGGCUGGAUGGGGCUGCGAGCAACCUGGGCUAGUGGGAGGUGUCCCUGCCUGUAGCAGGGGGUUGGAACUAGAUGAUCUUAGAAGUCCCUUCCAACCCGAGCCAUUCUAUGAUUCCAUGAUCUCCAGGUACACUUUUUUUGCUUCUUUCCACAUUCUCAUCUCUUACACUGCCACCUUCCACUCAUCAUUCUCUCUCAUUUUCCCCUCCUUCCUUUGACCUCAACCUGUCCCUGGUGGGAUUUCCUUCACAUGGCACUCACAGAGCUGCAUGCCAGCCCUCCCCCUUCCCAUGCUCAGAACCAAUAGUCUGUCAAAGGAGCAGCACAUCCACACAGGCAUUCCUGGUCAGGGCAUCAGGGCACUUGGGGAGGAUUAGCUGAAGUGACCUGUCCCCAGGUACAGGAGACACCUAACCCUGUUCUUCAGACUCAAGGGCAUUGACCCACAAGAGGAGGUUUCCUACCUGAGCGGAAGCCGAGCAGCUCUGAGCUCUCUCCAGCCUUCCAGGGCUCAAUAACAAGGGGUGUAAGGGGAUCCCUGUUAAAGGAGAUGUCUGCUCUAUCUAUCCUGUGAGCAUUACAGACUCUGUGUGGGGUGGACACAUGGACAAGUUACUGAAAGCUGAGAAGGUUAAAGGUUUCUUAGGCUUCACAUAGAGAUAGCAGGAAAGAGCUUACACUUCUGUCUCCCAUUACUGGCAGUAACACAGGUUAUACUGUUUUCAGUAUGGUUUCCCAUGUGUGGCUUGUUUUUGCUUUAGUCACAUGACGUCUUUCACCAGCUUGAGGGGGUCUGUACUUUAGAAGUCUUCACCACUGGGAUGGUGAGAAAUAUCUCAGGAGUGACAGACUGUGCAAUCCUUUGAUCUCACUCCAUACAGACAUUUGUAAAGAAUUUUCCUAAUGACUAACUGGUGCCUCUCAAGUCGUGAUUUUUGAUCAUUGUCCCUUGUUACACUGCCUACCACUAAUUGGAAAAGUUUAGAAGAUUGUAUUUUUAACUGCCCUUCAUGGAACUUAGUCCUUUUCCCCUCACAUUAAAAACCCUGGAAGUCUCUUUAUAGGACUAGUUUUCAAGACCAUCUUCAUCGUCUUAGUUCACACCCUUUUUGAACUGGAGAGCCCCAGAUUGGACGAACCAUUUCAGAUGACAACUCACUCAUACCAAACAAAAGGGAUUAUAGCUUCUGACAGUCAGCUGAACAUGCUCAGAGCAUCAUCCAGUAUCUUUGCCUUGUUCGCAGUGAGAGCGCUCAUUAUCCUUCUGGGCACCCAUCAUAACUCCCAAGUCCUUUUUAGCUGGGCUCCUUCCGAACUGGUCAGUUCGCAGCUCGUACUGACACCUCAGGCUAUUUUUCUCCCAGGUGUGAGCUUUCCACUUGUCCACACUGAUCUUCAUAAGAUUUGUGUUGAUUCAGUCUUCAUGUCUCCUAAUGUAUCUGGAAUGAAGCUCUGUCAUUUGUUUUCUGCCUAAUUUAGUGUCAUUCAUGAAUUUGACAAAGUUGAAUUUUGACUCCUUGAAUUCCUUUCAACCAAAUGUGUGUUCUGCAAGGAAAAAGGGAAUCCCCAGGAAGCCACUGAUCUUUUGACUUGUUUUUGAAAAGUUGAUGGGAAAGAGGAAACAAGUGAGACUGACUCAAUAAGGUUGAAGUUAGUAAGGCUAUAAAAAGCUUUGAACAGUUGAAGCUUGUACCAGUGCACUGCUUAUAAACGGAAACAGGCAGUUUCCAGCAGUACAUCUGCCACAGUGGAAUUUGCUAGGACAAGUAUUUACUAUGCAUUUUGACUUAGAAAAAAUAUGCAGAUGAACACAGGACAGUGAUGGCUAUCUACAGCCCCUAAGAUGUCAGAGGUUUGUAACCUGUUUUCCCUCCCUUCCUCUGGCACAGCACUCUGUUCUAGUCAGAGGAGCAGAGGGCUGGAGAGUAGUCCUCAGGGGGAAAGGCUGAGGAUCAGCAGGCCUCAGUAAAAAGUAAAAGAUUCCUUUCCUGCAAAACCUCCUGUCAUACAGGUGCACUGGUGUGUUUCCAGCUCAUGAACUCAACCGCACUGAAUACACACAAGAGGGAGUUUCCCACUAAUCAACAUAUGGCAGCCUGCAGGUUCUUCCACUUUCUCACUUUGUUCUCAUUGUGCCACCCUGCUAAAACACAUCCUCUCGUCCUUUGUCUCUCAGGACUCAGGAGAAGAAAACCCACAUCUGAAAAGCUAGUAGACAGUGGGGCAGCUGCCUCAUCUCCAUCUCAGGAGGGAUCUAUUUUCAGCAUGUCUGAACCCCUGUCCACCAUGGAGAAUAUCAGCAUUGCCUCACAGUGCUGCUGCACAGGACAGUCAGUAUCCAGAGACGGCUUUCUGUCUGCCUCUGCUCCUUUACCUGCUGGUGCUUUGCUUCUAGUCCCAGAAGAGUCCAGACCUGCAGAAAUGGAAGCAGAAUUGACAGAAAAGUAAUGGCAGACAGAAAGCUUUGUGUUUUUAAUCCAUCUCAGUAUUUCAUUGAAUAGGAAAAGCAUCAAAUAAUAUGAAGAGAUAUAUGUGGUACAACUACCACUGAUUAUAUUUGAUAUGGUACUUAGAAGUAUAUUUUCUACAUCAUAUAAUGUAAUUGUACCUUCAGUUACAGUUGGUUAGGAUGUUAUUUAAGCUGAUUUGCAAACAGCCAUGGCUAUUGAGUCACUUUUGCCAGCACGAAGGAUUUCAGCUUUCAGACUUGUCCAGACCUUUCACAUUUAAACUGAAGAGUUGUGACUGUUAACAGGCAGCGUUAGCAAGCAGAUGCAGCUCCGCAGAUCUACUACAAAUGGUGGGAAAUGGUGAAAAUAUGUUCAAAAAACAAAACUAGAAAGCAACCUUUUAAUGGUCACAUGAACAGAGAGAUGCAUUUAUUUCUCACAAUAAUAAAAUUUGAAUUCAGAUAUGCCAUGGUAGCCCUGGAAGGGAAGGUGAGGUCUGGGAAGAUGUCAUGCUAUGUAGGGAAAGCUGUGCAGCUGCAUCAUUGUGACCAUGGAGUUUGACUGCAGUGAUGAAGUUCCCCCUUCUUCCUAAUAACUCUGUGCUUGAUUAAUUCUUGAAUUCAUGGAAUAAUUCUGGAAAUGACUGGGGCAGUAAAUGGAUCUUCUCUACACUAGCAGGGACAGGCGAGGCACAGAUCUAUUCUCUGUAAACAGUGGUGGGACCUAAGAGAAUGGGUUGAGCUGUGUCAGGGGAGGGUCAGGUUGGGUAUUGACAAAAGGCUCUUCACCAGAGAGUGGUUGGGCACUACAACAGGCUCCCAGGGCAGUAGCCAUGGCACCAAGCCUGAUGAAGCACACAAAAUGUUUGGCCAACACUCAGAAAUGGGGUUUGAAUUUGGAGUGAAUCUUUGUGGAGCCAGGAGAUGGACUCGAUCUUCCUUGUGCGUCCCUUCCAACUCAGGAUAUCGUAUCGUUCUAUGAUUCCUUUUGCAUCAUGGCACUUGCACAAGUACCUCCUUGUUGUGGCUCUUCUAGAGUGGUUUCUUUCUUCUGGAGGGGUUUCUAGAACAACUUUGAUAUUUUGUUUGAAUGGCGCUGCAUUGUUUCACGGUGAAUACUGUCAGGUCCCUGCACCCCUGCUAAUCUAAGCUACCAGGAAUUUUUUGUAUUACAGUCAGCUGACAGAGGAGUAAGCAGAUACACUUGGUAUAAUCUAUACAGCCUGCUUUGUGAUGAAGCAGGCUUUAAUGCAAAGUGUAUUUUAUCUGAACUGUGUUUGCAAAGUGUUCUCAGCAUGAGAGCUGCAUCUCCAUAUAUAACAUCUUGGAGAAUUUUGCUAUGUUUCAGUAAACCUUCAGACUUAUGAUUGAUUAAUACCAAUCUCCUUUCAGGUAUGUUCACUCUGAGAUACUACACAAAUCUCACAUACCCAUAGUCACAUUAGGCUAACUUUGAGGUUUAUACUGGUAUCAAAUUAUUAAUAAUGAGCAGUUAAUGUGGACAUAGCUCAAUGCCUGUGAUAGACACAGGAAUCCAAAUUAUAAAUUCACAGUAAGAAUAGUUUCUCCUUCACUGAACAGAAGUCAGCAUAUAUAGUUACACUGUGAUUUUGUAUAUGCCUGUGUAAACGUUCUGCUAAACAAGGACUUCCUCCAGCACCUAAUGCAGGGCUAGUGGGGACAGCAUGCCCUGAAGUUUUUCUGUGCCCCUAACUAUCAGGCAUCAUUCUCAGUCUUCCCUGUAGGAUGAGACUGCCAGCAGUUUUCUAAGUUCUCCUUUGAAGACUUAAGACUUUUUACCCUCAGGUAAGCUCCAAUAACUAUUUUUAUUCUCUAUAUGCAUGGCAUUCAGCUCCUUCCCCUGAUGUGUGCCUAUGAUUGAUUGAGCUCUGGACUCCUGAUGCAGAUUCCCAUUCCCGUCAAUCAGAGAUGUAGUCAUUUACUCCAUGAAGAUUAGAAGUUUUCAGAUUUCUUCAUGAAGGGCUGCCUUCUGUGUCAAUUCACUGUGGGUGGGACCGCCCAAACCUUUCAAGCUCCUAGGUUAACCCUCUAUAAUUCCUCUGCAUGCCAAGUUCCUUUCCCUCCUAAAGAGAUGACCAGACACUACAUACCUAGUCUGGCACAACCCAAGGUCUGCAGUUUUGGAGCAAUCAGAAUAGAUUGGUAGAAAGCCUUUUCCUUGUUGACUCUGGGUAGAGGGGAGAUGCUUCUUCACAUUUCAGUUGAAUAGUUCUACAGCUACCAUUUUAUUUGUAUGUGUCAAGAAACAUGGUAAUUCCUUCUGGUGGUAGGAAAGCUGCCAGAUUUCUAAUUCUGAGUUAAUAAUAAUGAUGCUAGAAGUCUUACUAGUCCCUCUUCUGAAUAGGGCUGUGAACUCCUACCCCUCAACCUUCAGGUUGCCUAUUUCCACGUGGCUGUUAUGGCCCUAUAUGCAGAACAACUUCAGUCCCAGUGAGCCAGAACCACUAUUAAAAUGAGAUCCUAUUGGCUGGUAGUCCUACCGUCUGGACUUUCCUCCAAGGAUCAAUCAGAGACUAGUGUCAAUGAACUGCAUAGCACGGUAUUUGAGAUGAUAAAGGCUGAAUUCCUGAAGGAGAUGGCAGACAGUUUGGUCUCAUUACCAGUCUAUGUAUUCUUGCCUCCUUGGCCAUUAUAUUCACUCUACAGGAAUCUCAUGCUGUUUGUAUAUAGGUCCUGUUUAUUAGGGCAAUAUCAAGGUGCCUGAGGACUUCAAUUGCUUUGUUUUGAUGUCACAGGAGGCCUUUAGAUAUAUCUGAAAGUCCACACAUGACCUGGCUAACUCAAUUAGCAAUAUUUAUUAACAUGUGAGAGAGUCAUUAGAGACUCCAUCCUGUGUCACAAUUACACUGUGAGCAGGACUUGUCAAGGACUCACAGAAGAAGCAGUAAUGCAGGAUAAUUGUUCUCCUACUUAACAUCUCCUCCUCACACCAAUAAAGGCAUUACAUUUGUACUUUACUCAUUCCCUCCUGGAAGGUUUCUCCUUGACAGGACAGGGGAAAGUGUUUGACUUGGCUUCUCUCAAUAAAUUAAGCUCUUCUUUUCAUCGGCUGUGUUUUCCCUUAACUAAGUGAAUGUUAAAAUAAUCCUGUCAUUCCAUCUGCACAGAAACAAGUCCUGCAGAUGACUAGGACUGUAUAAGAAAUAGUAAAAUACUGAAAACUGCAGCAAACUUCACAUAAAGACUAACAAGUUGGAAGUAAAGUUGAAGAGUUAUAGGGAGUCCAUCUUUGUUGACUCACUUGUAGUAAUCAGACAGAAUGCAAACCAAAAUAUUAUCUUCACCAAAGAACAACCUCAUUCCUGUUAUCUUCAGAUCAGAAAAGAUGUGACUACAUCCUUUUGUGUAAGGUAAAACUGUGUAUAGCUUCCUUAGAAGACCCAUAAUUACAUGAAUAAAAAUUCAAUGAGGGGAUAUUGCUUGCAUAUAUUUUAGUACAAAUGUGCAAACAGACAGUCACUCAAAUAUGUGUUUCCUUGUCUUUGAGAAUGGAUGUCUACAUGAAUGUUCAUUUCGCUCUUCAUAUUCAGUUCUACUUCAGUCUCAGAGGAGUCCUGAAGGCUUCCUGAUUCUGCUGUUGCUAAGACUGACUUAACAUAAAGAAUUUUCUGUACUGUGUCUGUAUGUGCACCAAUGAAUACUACAUCAAAAUCCAGGACUGAAUACUGUGUCCAAUAGUGCUGAGGAAGGGAAAAGUCCCCCAGCUGGGGAGGAACAACUACCCAGGAACCAAAACAUGUUGGAGGCCAAUCAACCAUAAAAUGGAAAGCAACUUUUAAAUAAAAGACAUGAGGUUCCUGGUGGACAUCAGGUUGAAUUUGAGCCAGCAACAUGUUCUUUCUAUAAAGAAAGUGAAUGGUAACUUGGUCUCUAUUAGAAGAUGUGCCAUAGCAGGUCACGAGAGGUAAUCCUUCCCCUCUGCUGAGCACUUUUCAGGCCACAUCUGGAAUACUGCAUCUAUUUUCAGGCUCUCCACUACAAGAGACUACACUGAUGUAUUUGAGAGUCCAACAAAGUGUCUUGAAGACGAUUAAAGGACUGGAGCAUCUCUGAUAUGAGGAAAGGCUGAGAGAACUAGACUGUUCAUCUUGGAAAUGAAAAGAUUCAGAAAAGAUCUCAUCAGUGAAUAAAUACAUGAAUGAAGACAGUAGAGAAGACAGAACCAGGCUUUUUUCAGUGGUGGCCAACUGAGGGCAAGAGGAAAUGGGCACAUAGAAAAUGUGGGAGGCUGCAUCUGGUCUUCAGGAAAAACUUUUUGACUCUGAGGCUCAAUCAGCAAUGGAACAGGUUUCCCAGAGAGGUUGUGAAAUCUCCAUCCUUGUGGAUGUUUAACAGCCAUCUAGCCUCUCCUUCAUUUCCUUGCCCUAGUCACAACAUUUUUCUGAGAUUUAGACCUCUCUGAAAAGGCAUUAGUGUUCUAAAACUGCCUUAUAGGGACCUAGGGACACAAUGUUAAAUCCCCAAAGCACUGCUGGGUGAUUGCCAACGCUGAAGAGACAUGCAUUUGCUAACCACUUCCUUUCCAGACUAGGCUUGUCCAUGGCUGACUGCAUGCCUAGAGCUGCCUGGUGAUGGGCUUCUCUCCUCCCUAUUGUAUAGCUAGGUCCACUGCUUGGGAAAUUCAACAGGGAAAAAAAAAAAGCAAACAAGAAGAGCUCUACUGAGAAGACUGCCUUUGUCACUGGCAACUGGAAAUUCAAAGACUUUCAGUCCCCAUAGUCAGACAUCUGGCCUAGGACACUUGGCUGCUGAGAACAGGGCCCCACAGGAAAGCAGCUGCAGCUACUUAGUGCUUCACCUGCAGCUGCCAAGGGAUGCUGCCUGGACAGUGCAGAUGCUGCAGCUUCGCAGGAAGGGGGAGACUGAAGCUCCCUCCUCCACCUGGGGGGAGGAAACCCCCAGCUCUCCCAUCCUGGAGUGGCCUCAUCCAUCUCUGCUCCUCCCAGGCCUUGCUCUUUGUUCAUGGUCUUCUGAACCCUGUGCUUAGAGCUGCCAAGGCCCUCUUGUCCCCUUCUUGGCCAGACCUGUAACCACUGGGAUGCAGGGCACCACGUGGCAUUCAUCAUCCUGAUUUGGAUGGGCUUGAGCUCCAGGUUGAGGCCCAGACACCCAGAAUUUGGGUGCUGCAGUGCCAGAGCCCUCCUCAGCAAAGCUCUUUAUGCACGAGUCAGUGCCUGGUGCUGGCUUUUACAUCCAUUCUCACAAAUCAUUUUUCUUACCUUGUCCCUGUGUUAACUACUGACUUCUGUUAAUGACCAAGAAAAGAACAUGCUGAAAUUUAACAGUUUUUAAAGCAGCUCACAUGACAACUGCCAUUUCCUAUAUUGUUCACUCUUCAGAACUACCAGCAAAUCCCUCUUUCCCAUGCUAUCAGCACUGUACUGGCAUGUUUGCCAGCCCCAGUCCUCUGGUAUACGUAACACUGUGUUUUUUGGACUGCAUGAAUGUGUGCAAGAUAUCUUUGAUGAGAUGUGAGGGAUGUAUCAGGCACAGAGAAUCUGGAAUGUCUAGUUAUUUCUAGAGCUGUGACUGACUAGGGGGAUUUUUCUGUGAAUUGUAGGUAGGGAAAAAGCUGUGGGGGUCAUUUCUAGAUAAGUUAUCUUUCCUUGGGUUAUAGGAAUAGUGAAACCUGGAUAAGAUAAAAGGUUUUCCACAGAAGAAUGGAGCAUCUCUUGCUCACUGGCACUGACCUGAAAAUCAGAAGUCUCAGGAGGUUAUAACCUCUCUUACAGCACUCAUUGGUGCACAAGGUCACAACAACAAAUGUACAUGCCUCCGCGUGUGUGCUUUUUCUGAUAUCUCUGAAGUUGCCUCACAUUGCUCACAGAGGCAUCAGAUUAAAAAUCCAGCUAGAACCCAAUUUCUCAUUUACUGCAACUUUUUCCUGCUGUACUUGUAACACUUGUGUUGUAUGUUCACAUUUUUGCUUUCAGGAUUUUACCAUCACAACUGCUAAUUUCUCUUUCAACAUCCUGUUCUGUCUAUUGUACAGCUGGGGUAGCUGCAGCACACACAUACCAAGCGAUCCACCCUGGGUCAUACAGUGAGUCGGUGGGAAAGCCAGCAAUAGAAUCCAUAAGUCCUGCAUCCAAGUUCUCUAAGUGCCUUGACUAGUCCAGAUUCCCUCCUUAACACCCUUGUCAAAUUGUUUAUAGGAGAUGUAUUCAUAUAGUCGGUAAGACAUCAAAAUUUUCUAAUUAUAUCUAGUCAUGUCAAAUGACAAUUAUGCCCUUAGUUCAGUUUGCCAGACAAUGCUUUACCAAAGAAGGCUUGCCAAAAAUUUUUUGACCGAAGAAAGAGUAGGCAUCUGUAGCAUCUGCAGAUGAGAUCGUAUAAAAUGUCCCUGCAGCAAGACUGCCCUGUCUCCACGGAAAGCUUCAAGCACUGACCAGCUGCCAGGCUGCAAGCCACCCAUCUGGUGUCACAAGAGAGUAUUCUGCUGAGGUAUCUUCAGUGAAGAGCAGCCAUGGCUUCUUCAGAUGCUGAGAUGGCUGUCUUUGGAGAGGCAGCUCCCUACCUCCGAAAGUCAGAGAAGGAAAGAAUCGAGGCCCAGAACAAGCCUUUUGAUGCCAAGUCAUCAGUCUUUGUGGCCCAUCCAAAGGAAUCCUUUGUGAAAGGGACAAUCCAGAGCAGGGAAACAGGGAAGGUCACUGUCAAGACUGAAGGUGGAGAGACUCUGACUGUGAAGGAAGAUCAGGUCUUCUCCAUGAACCCUCCCAAGUACGAUAAAAUUGAGGACAUGGCCAUGAUGACCCACCUCCAUGAACCCGCUGUGCUGUACAACCUCAAAGAGCGUUAUGCAGCCUGGAUGAUCUACACCUACUCGGGCCUCUUCUGUGUCACUGUCAACCCCUACAAGUGGCUGCCGGUGUACAACCCGGAGGUGGUGUUGGCCUACCGAGGCAAAAAGCGCCAGGAGGCCCCUCCACACAUCUUCUCCAUCUCUGACAACGCCUAUCAGUUCAUGCUGACUGACCGUGAGAAUCAGUCGAUCCUGAUCACCGGAGAAUCCGGUGCAGGGAAGACUGUGAACACGAAACGUGUCAUCCAGUACUUUGCAACAAUUGCAGCUAGUGGGGAGAAGAAGAAGGAGGAGCAGUCCGGCAAAAUGCAGGGAACACUUGAGGAUCAAAUCAUCAGUGCCAACCCCCUGCUGGAGGCCUUUGGAAAUGCCAAGACUGUGAGGAAUGACAACUCCUCACGCUUUGGUAAAUUCAUCAGAAUCCAUUUUGGGGCCACAGGCAAACUGGCUUCUGCUGACAUUGAAACAUAUCUGCUGGAAAAGUCCAGGGUUACUUUCCAGCUCAAGGCAGAAAGAAGCUACCACAUCUUUUAUCAGGUCACCUCCAACAAGAAGCCAGAGCUAAUAGAAAUGCUCCUUAUCACCACCAACCCAUAUGACUACCCUUUUGUGAGUCAAGGUGAGAUCACUGUCCCCAGCAUUGAUGACAAAGAGGAGCUUAUGGCUACAGAUAGUGCCAUUGACAUCCUGGGCUUCACUGCUGAUGAAAAGACUGCCAUCUACAAGCUGACAGGGGCUGUCAUGCACUACGGGAAUUUGAAGUUCAAGCAGAAACAGCGAGAGGAGCAGGCAGAGCCAGAUGGCACAGAAGUGGCUGACAAGGCUGCCUACCUGAUGGGCCUGAAUUCAGCUGACAUGCUCAAGGCACUAUGCUACCCUCGAGUCAAAGUUGGGAAUGAAUAUGUGACCAAGGGUCAGACUGUACAACAGGUGCACAAUGCUGUAGGUGCUCUGGCAAAGGCUGUCUAUGAGAGGAUGUUCUUGUGGAUGGUUGUUCGCAUCAACCAGCAGCUGGAUACCAAGCAGCCCAGGCAGUACUUCAUUGGUGUCCUGGACAUCGCUGGCUUUGAGAUCUUUGAUUUCAACAGCUUCGAGCAGCUGUGCAUCAACUUCACCAAUGAGAAACUGCAACAGUUUUUCAACCACCACAUGUUUGUGCUGGAGCAAGAGGAGUACAAAAAGGAAGGCAUUGAAUGGACAUUCAUUGACUUUGGGAUGGACCUGGCUGCCUGCAUUGAGCUCAUUGAGAAGCCCAUGGGCAUCUUCUCCAUCCUGGAAGAGGAGUGCAUGUUCCCCAAGGCAACCGACACCUCUUUCAAGAACAAGCUCUAUGACCAGCAUCUGGGCAAGUCCAGCAACUUCCAGAAGCCCAAGCCUACCAAAGGAAAGGUUGAGGCCCACUUCUCCCUAAUACACUAUGCUGGCACAGUGGACUACAAUAUCACUGGCUGGCUUGAGAAGAACAAGGACCCCCUGAAUGAAACUGUCAUUGGGCUGUACCAGAAAUCUUCACUGAAAACUUUGGCCUUACUGUUUGCCAACUAUGGUGGAGCAGAAGCAGAGGCUAGUGCUGGUGCUGGCAAGAAAGGUGGCAAGAAGAAAGGUUCUUCUUUCCAGACUGUCUCAGCUCUUUUCCGGGAGAACUUAAACAAGCUGAUGACCAAUCUGAGGAGCACCCACCCCCAUUUUGUACGCUGUAUCAUCCCAAAUGAAACAAAAACACCUGGUGCCAUGGAGCAUGAGCUGGUUCUGCACCAACUGAGGUGUAAUGGUGUGCUGGAAGGGAUCAGAAUUUGCAGGAAAGGAUUUCCCAACAGAGUCCUGUAUGCAGAUUUUAAACAGAGAUACAAAGUACUAAAUGCAAGCGCUAUUCCAGAGGGACAGUUCAUUGACAGCAAGAAGGCUUGUGAGAAACUGCUUGGAUCAAUUGAUAUAGACCACACUCAGUAUAAAUUUGGUCACACCAAGGUGUUCUUCAAAGCUGGGCUGGUUGGCCUUUUGGAGGAGAUGAGGGAUGAGAAGCUGGCACAGCUCAUCACUCGCACACAGGCCAGGUGCAGAGGCUUCCUGAUGAGAGUGGAAUACCAGAAAAUGGUGGAGAGGAGAGAGUCUGUCUUCUGCAUCCAGUACAACAUUCGUGCAUUCAUGAAUGUCAAGCACUGGCCCUGGAUGAAGCUGUUCUUUAAGAUCAAGCCGCUGCUGAAGAGCGCAGAGUCUGAGAAGGAGAUGGCCAACAUGAAACAAGAGUUUGAGAAGACCAAGGAAGAGCUUGCAAAGUCUGAGGCAAAGAGGAAGGAGCUGGAGGAGAAAAUGGUGAAGCUGGUGCAGGAGAAAAAUGAUCUGCAGCUCCAAGUGCAGGCUGAAGCUGAUGCAUUGGCUGAUGCUGAGGAAAGAUGUGACCAGCUCAUCAAAACCAAAAUCCAGCUGGAAGCCAAAGUAAAGGAGGUGACAGAACGGGCUGAGGAUGAGGAGGAAAUUAAUGCUGAACUGACAGCCAAGAAGAGAAAACUGGAGGAUGAAUGUUCAGAACUGAAGAAAGACAUAGAUGACCUGGAGUUAACAUUGGCCAAAGUUGAGAAGGAAAAGCAUGCCACUGAAAACAAGGUGAAAAACCUCACAGAGGAGAUGGCAGCCCUGGAUGAGACCAUUGUGAAGCUGACAAAAGAGAAGAAAGCCCUCCAAGAGGCCCAUCAGCAGACACUGGAUGACCUGCAGGCUGAAGAGGACAAAGUCAAUACGCUGACCAAAGCUAAAACCAAGCUGGAACAGCAAGUGGAUGAUCUGGAAGGGUCCCUGGAGCAAGAGAAGAAGCUGCGCAUGGACCUCGAGAGAGCCAAGAGGAAACUUGAAGGAGACCUGAAGUUGGCCCAUGAUAGCAUAAUGGACUUGGAAAAUGAUAAACAGCAGCUGGAUGAGAAACUGAAGAAGAAAGACUUUGAAAUCAGCCAGAUCCAGAGCAAAAUUGAGGAUGAACAACUUCUGGGCAUGCAGUUACAGAAGAAGAUCAAGGAGCUGCAGGCCCGUAUUGAAGAACUGGAGGAGGAAAUUGAGGCAGAGCGAACCUCUCGGGCAAAAGCAGAGAAGCACCGAGCUGACCUCUCCAGGGAGCUGGAGGAGAUCAGUGGGCGCCUGGAGGAAGCAGGAGGGGCUACAGCAGCUCAGAUCGAGAUGAACAAGAAGCGUGAGGCAGAAUUUCAGAAGAUGCGCCGUGACCUCGAAGAGGCCACGCUGCAGCACGAAGCCACGGCUGCUGCCCUGCGGAAGAAGCAUGCGGACAGCACAGCGGAGCUUGGGGAGCAGAUUGACAACCUGCAACGUGUCAAGCAGAAGCUGGAGAAGGAGAAGAGUGAGCUGAAGAUGGAGAUUGAUGACUUGGCCAGCAACAUGGAGUCUGUCUCCAAAGCUAAGGCAAACCUGGAGAAGAUGUGUCGCACUUUGGAAGACCAACUAAGUGAAUUCAAAACGAAAGAUGAGCAGAACCAGCGCAUGAUCAGUGAUCUCAGUGCUCAAAGAGCUCGCCUGCAAACAGAAUCUGGUGAAUACGCACGCCAGGCGGACGAAAAAGAUGGUUUAAUUUCUCAGCUGUCCAGAGGGAAACAGGCCUUCACGCAACAGAUUGAAGAACUAAAGCGGCAACUAGAAGAAGAGAUAAAGGCCAAGAAUGCCCUGGCCCACAGCUUGCAGUCAGCCCGCCAUGACUGUGAUUUGCUCCGGGAACAAUAUGAGGAGGAGCUUGAAGCCAAGGGUGAGCUGCAGCGUGCCCUGUCCAAGGCCAACAGCGAAGUGGCCCAGUGGAGAACCAAAUAUGAGACGGAUGCUAUUCAGCGCACAGAGGAGCUGGAGGAGGCCAAGAAGAAGCUGGCACAGCGCCUGCAGGAUGCCGAGGAACAUGUUGAAGCUGUGAAUGCCAAAUGCGCUUCCCUGGAAAAGACAAAGCAGAGGCUGCAGAAUGAGGUGGAGGACCUGAUGAUUGACGUGGAGCGAGCAAAUGCUGCCUGUGCAGCUCUGGACAAGAAGCAGAAGAACUUUGACAAGAUCCUGGCAGAGUGGAAGCAGAAGUACGAGGAAACGCAGGCUGAGCUGGAGGCCUCCCAGAAGGAGUCUCGCUCCCUCAGCACAGAGCUGUUUAAGAUGAAGAAUGCCUAUGAGGAGUCCCUGGACCACCUGGAAACGCUGAAGCGUGAGAACAAGAACUUGCAGCAGGAGAUUUCUGACCUCACAGAGCAGAUUGCAGAGGGAGGAAAGGCGAUUCAUGAGUUGGAGAAAGUCAAGAAGCAGAUUGAGCAGGAGAAGUCUGAAAUCCAGGCAGCACUGGAGGAAGCUGAGGCCUCCCUGGAGCAUGAAGAGGGGAAGAUCCUGCGCCUCCAACUGGAGCUCAACCAGGUCAAGUCUGAGAUUGACAGGAAGAUAGCAGAGAAAGAUGAGGAAAUUGACCAGCUGAAGAGAAAUCACCUCAGAAUUGUGGAGUCCUUGCAGAGCAGCCUGGAUGCUGAGAUCAGGAGCAGGAAUGAGGCCCUGAGGCUGAAGAAGAAGAUGGAGGGAGACCUGAAUGAAAUGGAGAUCCAGCUGAGCCACGCUAACCGUGUUGCUGCAGAGGCACAAAAGAACCUGAGAAACACACAGGCAGUGUUGAAGGAUACCCAGAUACAUUUGGACGACGCUCUCAGGACACAGGAGGACCUGAAGGAGCAGGUGGCCAUGGUGGAGCGCAGAGCAAACCUGUUGCAGGCUGAGAUUGAGGAGCUACGGGCAGCCCUGGAGCAGACAGAGCGCUCGAGAAAAGUGGCUGAGCAGGAACUGAUGGAUGCAAGUGAGCGUGUGCAGCUCCUCCAUACCCAGAACACCAGCUUGAUCAACACCAAGAAGAAACUAGAAACGGACAUUGCCCAAAUUCAGAGUGAAAUGGAGGAUACCAUCCAGGAAGCCCGCAAUGCUGAAGAGAAGGCCAAGAAGGCCAUCACCGAUGCAGCCAUGAUGGCAGAAGAGCUGAAGAAGGAGCAGGACACCAGUGCCCACCUGGAGAGGAUGAAGAAGAACCUGGACCAGACGGUGAAGGACCUGCAGCACCGCCUGGAUGAGGCAGAGCAGCUGGCCCUGAAGGGAGGCAAGAAGCAAAUUCAGAAGCUGGAGGCCAGGGUGCGGGAGCUGGAAGGGGAGGUUGAUGCUGAGCAGAAGCGCAGCGCUGAAGCCGUGAAGGGUGUGCGCAAGUACGAGAGGAGGGUGAAGGAGCUGACCUACCAGUCUGAGGAAGAUCGCAAGAACAUUCUUAGACUCCAGGAUCUGGUGGACAAACUACAGAUGAAGGUGAAAUCCUACAAGAGACAAUCUGAGGAGGCUGAGGAGCUGUCCAAUGUCAACCUUUCCAAGUUCCGCAAGAUCCAGCACGAGCUGGAGGAGGCUGAGGAGCGGGCUGACAUUGCAGAGUCACAGGUCAACAAGCUCCGAGCAAAGAGCCGGGAAUUCCAUAGGAGGAUUGAAGAGGAAGAGUGAGGAUGUCAUGAAGCAGCAAAGCUGCCUGAGGAGUGCACAAAAUGUGAACCCUCUGUCGCUUUCUUCUGCAAUGUCUUUGUAAUCAUGUCAAUGUCUAGAGAAUAAAAGCCAUAGAUUAAUAUGCAUAAACACUA